UUUAAAAACAUAUGUUUUAAUUUAUGUAAAAUAAUAAUAUAUUAUAUAUUAAUGCCAAUAACGAACGUGGGAAAGUAGCUAAAUUCUCCAUUAUACAAUUACUUAGUACUGAAAGUUUAUAUUACCGAUCUGUUCAUACAAGUGUGAUUCUGAUAAAAACCUGUUGAUUUGCUCCUACUGGAAUUUAGUCUGGUUUUAAGCUUUGAAUAAGAUUGUUCUACAUAUCAUUUACAAUAAAAAUUUAUUGUUAUAAUUUAAAAUAAGUUGCAAAAUGAAUGAAAUGAGUAUGUACGAAGGAUAUAAAUCCCCUUUGAGCACUCGAUAUGCUAGUAAGGAGAUGCAGUUUUUAUUUAGUGAUCAACAUAAAUUUGCUACUUGGAGGCAUUUAUGGAUUUGGUUAGCGCAAGCUGAACAGUCUCUUGGAUUAGCAAUAACUGAUGCACAAAUUGGUGAAAUGAAAGCAAAUGUGAAUGAUAUUGAUUUCCAAGCUGCCGCUGCUGAAGAACGCCUUACCCGGCAUGAUGUCAUGGCCCACGUACAUGUUUUUGCAAAACAAUGCCCACUAGCUGCACCAAUUAUACACUUAGGAGCUACUUCAUGCUAUGUUGGUGAUAAUACGGAUUUAAUAAUAUUGCGAAGUGCAUUAGAUCUUUUGUUACCGCGAUUAGCAUCCGUUAUACAUUGUUUGAAAGAAUUUGCUUCUAUGAAUAAAUCUCUACCUACCUUAGGAUUUACGCAUUUACAACCGGCACAAUUAACCACAGUUGGGAAACGUGCAUGCCUAUGGAUACAAGAUUUAGUUAUGGACGAACGUGCUCUACGUCGUUGUCGUGAAGAUUUGAGAUGUCGUGGUGUAAAAGGUACAACUGGUACACAAGCGUCAUUUUUACAACUUUUUAAUGGUGACAGUGAAAAAGUUAAACAGUUAGAUUUGCUAGUAACUAAAUUAGCAGGAUUUGAAAAACCUUAUGGAGUUACAGGACAGACAUAUAGUCGAAAAGUAGAUGUCGAAAUAAUUGGAGCACUUGCUAGUUUAGGUACUACUGUGCAUAAAAUGUGCUCUGACUCAAAAGAAGAAAAUAGAAAAGUUCGCCAAUUUAUAGGUGGAUUACUUAAGACAAGUGUAUUGAAUAAUCGUGAAUAUCCUCCGUUGAGUCAUGGUAGUGAAUGUGGAAAAGAUAUGAGUCAAUGUUACAACAUUCCUGAUAAAAGAAACCAAGAAAUUCCUACCAUAAUUGUAUUGCAUGUUAUAUUUCUCCGAGAACACAAUAGGAUUGCCAAUGCUUUAGCACUUUUGAAUCCACAUUACGAUGAUGAACGGCUCUUCCAGGAAGCAAGAAAAAUUAAUAUUGCGCAAUACCAACACAUAGCUUAUUAUCACUGGUUACCACUAAUUCUAGGACAGUCAUAUUCUCUUGAUAAUAAUUUAGUGUAUUACGUACAUCCACAUGAUUAUGUCAAUGACUAUAAUCCCUCUGUAAAUCCAGCUCCACUAGUUGAAUUCUCAUCAGCUGCUUUCAGAUAUUCCCAUAACCAAAUUCCCGGAUGGUUCUCCUUGGUUGGACCAAGUAGGCAUUAUAAUGAAACUAUGCGUUUAAGUGAUUAUAUUAAUCGUCCAGAAAAUAUCAACUUUAUAUCCCAUGGUGAUAAUUUUGACUCGCUUGUACGUGGUUUAUGCACACAAUUUCAGAAAGAAAGUAGCAGUCAUGUUGAUAAAGAGAUUAAACAUCAUUUUGGCCGUAAGGCAAACGAAGAAUACGGAAAAGACUUAAAAGCAGUCGAUAUACAGCGUUCACGAGAUUUUGGUUGCGCCUCUUAUAAUGAUGUUCGUCAUUACUGUGGACUACCACGUGCUUAUGAUUGGCCUGGAUUUUCGAAUGAGAUACCUGCAUCUAAAAUUGCUUUGCUGAAGAGUUUAUACAAUUCUCCAGAUGAUGUGGAUCUUGUAGUUGGUGGAUCAUUAGAGAAAACAGUGCAACAAUCAGUUUUCGGACCAACAUUUCAAUGUGUUGUCGCCAAGCAAUUUGGCAAGACUAGAACAGCCGAUCGAUUCUUUUUUGAACACGAAAAUCAAUAUAGUGGAUUUACAAGAUGUCAACUGGCUGAGAUACGCAAGUCUAGUCUUUCGGGACUCUUCUGUAAUAAUGCUGAUUAUCUGCUUUCAAUACAGCCAAAUGCAUUUAUUUUCCCAAAUCGAAGGAAUAUGUUAAAGAGCUGUAGCGAUAUUCCACAAAUAAAUCUGAACAAAUGGAAACAACAUGACCAAUCUAAAACUUACACAUAAAUAUAAACAUUAAUACAUUUUUGCAUAUAAACUUUUUUUAAAUAUUUUU